AAGCCCCCGAGCCGCUGCGGGAAUGCGGCUGCAAGGGCAUCCGGACCUGUCUGAUCUGCGAACGGCAGCGCGAGAACACAGCAGUUCCUGUACUGCCCAGACACCGGCUGGGCCGUGGGGGCCACCGACUCGGACUUCGAGGGCUGGGCCUUCCCCUUCCCCGGGGUGACGCUCAUUGAAGACUUCGUGACCCGGGAUGAGGAGGCCGAGAUGGUUCGGCUGAUGGACCGGGACCCCUGGAAGCUCUCCCAGUCGGGACGCAGGAAACAGGACUACGGCCCCAAGGUCAACUUCCGGAAGCAGAAGCUCAAGCCUGCGGGUUUCUGCGGCCUCCCGGACUACAGCCGCGAGGUGGUGCGCAGGAUGGGCCUGUACCCGGGCCUGGAGAGCUUCCGGCCGGUGGAGCAGUGCAACCUGGACUACUGCCCCGAGCGGGGCUCGGCCAUAGACCCGCACCUGGACGACGCCUGGCUCUGGGGCGAGCGCCUGGUGAGCCUCAACCUGCUCUCGGCCACCGUGCUGUCCCUGUGCCGCGAGGCGCCCGGCAGCCUGCUGCUUGGCCCGGCCCCGGCCGCCGGCCCCGAGGCGCCCACCGACAGCCUCAUUGCCCCCAGCCGCUCGGUGCCGUGCCAGGAGGUGGAGGUGGCCGUGGCCCUGCCCCGCCGCUCCCUGCUGGUGCUCACGGGCGCUGCGCGGCACCAGUGGCAGCACGCCAUCCACCGCAGGCACAUUGAGGCCCGCCGCGUGUGUGCCACCUUCAGGGAGCUGGCUGCCGAGUUCCGGCCCGGUGGGCGGCAGCAGGAACUGGGCCAGGAACUGCUGGGCCUCGCGCUGUCCUUCCAGGGCAGGCCUGUGUGAGCCGCUGCCACCCUGCUACCGCAUCAGCGCUGUUUGGGAGGGCCGUGCUCACCUGAGUUCACAGAGUGUUGGUUCCACUUCCUCUGCCCCUUCCGUGCCCUGAUCCAGGAUUCGCCCCUGCUGCCGCACGAGCUGCUGUAGGAGCUGACACUGUGGAGCUUAGCCUGGGUCGGGCCGCCCUCCUCACCGGCUUGCUGUGAAAAAGAAACCUCCCCUCCCAGGAAACUGCGAGGCUGUCCACUUUGUGGGGUGCUUGCCUGGGCAGGCCUGGGAGGUUGAAGGGAUGUGGCUGGCCAGCCCUCCCUGUGGCUGCCCCCAGGGUGGGCUCACCACCCCCUGGGGGAUCAGGGCCUGGUCUCUGCCGCUGGGAUCUGGCUGGGGGUUGCUGCAACCCAGCUUUGGGGCUUUGAUGUGGGGAGCAUCUGGGGGGCUGCCGAUGGGAAGGAUGCCUGGGUUUCUGGUGGCUGGGUGACAGACACCACCUCUCUGUGGGACCCUAAGGACAGAGGCAGGCCGCUCCCAGGGCUCUGGGUCUCUCCCUGCUGCAUAGGGUACGGGAUGGGGGAGGGUUGGUGAGCAGUUGAAAUGCUGUGCCAAGGUAGGGCCGACUGGCCCCUCGGCGACCUGCAGGACACGUGGAGGGAGUCACUGUGGUCUGUAGCAGCCCCAGGCCUCUAGGCCACCCCGUAUCCCUGCACCCCACACUCCAUACCAUGGGAACUGCUGCUUUGUGCACUGACCCCUGGGAAUCUCUAGGCUGGACGUGCCGGACAGCUCCUCUCUGGCACAGCAGGGGCUUCCUUGUGGCCCUAGAGGUGGCUGCCAUGUAGACAGCCUGGACACUGGCCCCAUGACCACAGGGACCCGAGC